AUGAAUCAACAUCUUGUCGAUUGCAUCACCAUUCUGCGGACAUUCAGUCAUGUCCUGACUAGUAUCAAGGCUUAUACGAUAGCUCUAGGCACAUCUCCAUACGCGGCGCUCUCCGGUUUCAAGCAGCCCAGAAACACCUGGGCUCAGAGCAUUGCAGAUCGUCGUCGACAAUUCGUCCAACAUCAGCGCCUUUGCAAAAACCGAAAGCCCCUCGAUGCCAUCUCCCUCGUCUAUGUCAACAAGUUGAUCUUCACCGACCCCUCCUUCGGGAGAUGCCCGUUGGGGUUUGCUGCCUUCCACUUCUUCAUCACGGCCUUGCUGCUAUAUUUUGCUUCUCGUCCUGGAGUGCGCCUAUUCGUCCCGGUACGAACAAGUGUCCUCCCGGUCCUCCCUCUCACAUUGAUUAUGUGUGCCAACGUUGUCUUCCUAAACCUGUCGCUUGCCUAUUCCUCGAUACUAUUCUACCAGGUUGUUCGUAUAUUACUAACUCCUCUUACCGUCAUCAUUAACUUUUGCUUCUACGGCUCGAAAAUCCCCGUGAGGGCAUGCCUCGCCCUCCUCCCCACCUGUAUUGGCGUCGGGAUAGUGUCGUACUAUGACUCCUCAGCGAAAUCCAAGAACGCUGCGGUCGAAACUACCUCGGCGCUGGGUAUGGCCUUUUCGUUUACUGGUGUUACUAUCAGCGCUGUAUACACCCUUUGGGUUUCACAGUAUCACAAAAAGCUGCAGAUGGAUAGCAUGCAAUUACUAUAUAACCAGGUUCCCUUCGGCACAUUGCUCCUCUUCAUUGCAAGCCUUUGCACAGAAACAUUCCCCGUGUGGGGUGAUGUACUCCCUCGGCAAUGGAUACUACUCGUGAUAAGUGGAGCUUGCGCUUGUAUCGUGAACCUCUCUCUCUUUUUCAUUAUUGACCAUGCAGGCCCUGUCAGCAGUACUGUCACUGGACAUCUAAAAACUUGCAUCAUCGUUGGACUUGGCUGGGCUAUAAGCGAGAAGAUCGUGGGUUUUGAAAGCAAAUUUGGCAUCCUUCUCUCAAUACUGGGCAUCAUAUUAUACUCGUUUGCAAUGCAUAACAAGAGCGCGAAAGGCUCUCAGCCGGAAAAGAGCAGAGAGGAUGAAGAUAUGAAGUAG